AUUAUCUCUACCUGAAAAUCAAGCCACAAUCCAAAAUAAUAGGAUUCAGCGAGAGAUUAAUAAUAUUAGACAAUAUUUUCAAAGCCCAGUUACAAUAGCACCCACAAUAAAUGGUAUUGUAGAUUAUCUUAAUAUUAUUUCAGAUGCUGGCAAUAGGUUUGAAAGAUUGGUAUUAGAUAUAUAUCCACAGGCAAAUGCUCAUGCAAUUAAUGCAGAAAACCAAGUAACAAAUUUGCAAACCCAGUUAGCUGAUUCACAAAACCAGUUAGCUGAUUCACAAACCCAGUUAACUACACUUCAAAAUGACUAUGAUCUUCUUCAUCAGGCUUAUGAAGCCUACAGAACACAACAUAAUAUAUUUAAAUCUCGAGAACUUGAUAGACGAAUUACAAUCCGUACACAAAAAAGGCAAAUAUCAGAAUCACUUCUAGAAAGACUUGCAUUAAGAUUCAAAAAUAGACGAACCCAUCAGCAAUUACAAGAAUCAUAUGAUGAAUUAGAUUUUAUAGCUCAAAGACUAGGAUAUUCAGAUAAUGCAUCUAGAGAUCCGGAUGCUUUAAAAAAUUUUAUCGAAGAAGAAUUAUAUAAAAGAUUAGGCUAUGCGAAUUAUAAUAUACAAUCCAAAAAAUUAUAUGCUACAAAGAAGCCUAUAGCUAAAAAAUCAACAAAAUCAAAAAAAGUAUUAGUAGAAAGAUACUGUUCUAUGUGUGGAAAAUCUGGUCAUACAAAAAAGAAUUGUCCCAAAGUUAGAAAGACUAAAAAGAUUAAUAAUAUUACUAGCUCUCAAUACGAAUAUAUAAACCAAAGCCAAUCAGAAGAUGAUAUAGAAUAUAUAAAUAAUGAAAGCGAUCAAGAAGAAAGUAGCCAAGAAGAAAGUGAUCAAGAAAAUAAAAUUAAAAAACCUAAAACUAAUAAAAAAGCUAUUAAUGAAAAUCAGAUAUUUUUAGAAUUAGUUAAAUAUGUUUUAACAAGAUAUAUUUCUCAAUGUCCUAAAGAAAUUCUAACUGAAAUAUAUUCAGAUCUUAGUAAAUUAUUUUCUGAAAUGAAAGACUCAUUUUAUUCAUAUCAUUCAAAAAAUUAUACAAAUAAAGAAGUAGACAAAGUAUGGGAAAAUUUAAUAAAAAAGUAUCAAUUUAUUUUAGAACCAUUUUUCUUUGCAUGCUCAGAAAAUGAUAUGCCAGUAUCUUCUGUGAAGCAGGACACUUCGUGUUUGACUUCAAGCAAUUAUUGUGAGAAGGUAGAAGGAUCUUCUUUAAAUUAUGCUAUAAAACAAUAUCAAGAAGCCCAGUUAUAUCGAAAUUGGCAUGACCCAUUAAAAAUAAACUUUUUGCAAAUAAAAGAACCCAAUAAUUAUGCCACUAUUUCAUGCAAAGUAUAUGAUUUAGAAAUACCCCAUGCAUUACUCGAUACAGGUUCAGAUGGGUCACAUAUUUCUGAAAAUAUCGCAAAUCAUUUUAUAAAAUAUUUUGGGCUAAAAUUAGAUAGAAAAAAGGUUUAUAGACUAACAGGAGCUGUAGGAGAAAAACAUUCUAUUGGGAGCUUUUCUGAUAUACCUGUUACUAUAGGUAUUGGAAAUAAUACCUUAACAAUUUUGGAUGAGUUUUCAGUUUUACCAACAGAAAAAGAUAAUAAUGGUAAUGAUAUAUCAUUAUUUAUUCUUGGUACUAGAUGGCAACAUCGAGCUGGCUGGGAACCUAUAGUAAAGGGUGAGUUUAUAGCAUCAGCUAAUGGAAAAAGUAUUACUAUUCCACUUUCUGUUUAUAAUAAAGAUGAGGAGGCAAAGCUUCGAAUUUCUAAUUCACUCAAAAAAAAAUAA